CGCUUCCUAUCCUCCACCCUUUGGAUUCUCCGCCAAAAACCUUUCCCCCCACCCCAAUUUAGAAAUUUUCAAUCAUUCCCUCUAAUUUUCCAAUGGAAUACUCAUCUUUAAUCUCUCAUAUUUCCUUCUCACUUCACUUUCACUUUCUUUUUUCUCACUUCCUCUCCCCAUUUGCUCCCUUUCACAGUCGGCCAGAUCUCAUGUUCUCUUUACUGUAAAUUCUCUUCAUCAUCCAUCUCUAACCCCAAUCUACUUUGGCUGCAGAAUCUCUGUAGUGCAUCACCAAACAUCUGAAAUUAAAGCCCUAUUAAGGUCUUCUGUCUCUUUCUUUCUCCAGAUCUGUCUUUCACGACCACCGCGUGUGGCUUCAAUCGUCAACUACAAUUGUAUGUUUCAAGGUCACACCUUCUCUCUGUUUAAUAUAUAUGUGUACUGAGUUUUGAUUUCUAUUUUUCUUUUUGAUACUAUAUACCGCAUGAGAAGUUAAACACAAAAUUUCUAAAACUACCCAGAGAAACGUGGGUAGUUUGGUUGUAUUUUUUCUAAAACAAUACCGCCGCACCUGUAAUCCUCCGUUCCCUCAUCCUCCGAUGUAUAGUCGUCGCUCUCGCUCCCGCUCCACUCCACCUCUUGCUUGUCCGUCAUUACUUCACACCAAAAUUGGAGAGCCGAUUAUCGAUCACCUCCUCUGAGCUCUCCACUGGAUCUCGUUCACUGGAAGCCAAACAAAGAAGAUUCGAGAUUUUGUUUCCUUGUGUGAUGCAAUUGAACCGUGAGGAGUUCUUUGGGAUUCGUGUCAUGUGGAAGUAUGUUCCUAGUUACUAAUGUGAAAUUGUUUGGCUGUAUCUAUUCUUA